ACUGGCGUAAAAAGAAACUAAAGGCACCUGACAUUUUGUUCAGUAGGCCGACCGAAAAUGAAUGCUUUUAGAACUAGAUUCCCGGUUUACUUUCACUGAUGCGAGUUGUGCAACGCAAAGAGAAAGUGUGCUAUUGUGCUAACGGACCAGUUUCAUGCUUGGCGAACGUUUCGUAAGCGCAAGAGACCUCUUGUUCAGCCGUGAGAUUAAGUGCAACUUCGACGGGCAGCAACAUUUUCACUGCGGCAACUGAGAGAAAAUGUCAGCGAUACGUUGUGCAGUCAGCCCAACAAGGUCUAUCUUCUUGAGGAAAGUUGCCAAGAGUCAACAGAGCACAGCGUCGCUGCAGAGGGUGUUGCCAAUUGGCCAAUUCUCUGGAAGCCGGUGCCUUUUGGUUGCCACACUACGCACUGCUGUUGGAGGUGGCAACAAUGGGAGCGGUGAUGAUGACAUGGGACUUCGCGGUGGUGGUUCUGGCUCUGGAGUGGACAAAGGAUCUGGUGGAAACAGUGGAGUACGAGGAAGUGCAGGCGGUGGAAGCCGUGGAGAUGGACACCUCUGUUGCCCCAAGUGUGGCAAUCCGUGCACCCAUGUGGAAACAUUCGUCUCAUCAACGCGAUUCGUCAAGUGCGAGAAGUGUCACCACUUCUUUGUGGUCCUGUCAGACAUGGACACUAAGAAGACACUUAAAGAAGCACGUAUUAGUGCGGACAAAUCUGGACUUGUCCGUAAGCCACCCCCUCCUCCAAAGAAGAUCUACGAGUAUCUCAACCAUCAUGUAGUGGGACAAAAUUAUGCCAAGAAGGUACUGUCCGUGGCUGUUUACAACCACUACAAGCGCAUCUACAACAACCUCCCUGCAUCCAAUAGUGCCCCGAAGGCAGAGACUGGCAGUGUCGUGGAUGGCCAGAGUCAUGCUGCAUUCACAACAAGGGCAGACCUGCUGCACAUUUCGGGCAUCACUCACGGAAGUGCUCUGGGACUGGGCAUCCAGGGUCAGCCGCCGUCACCCACAGCUCAUGGCACCGACGCUGAUGGCCACGGCACACGUGGGACAGAUGUCCUAGAUGCUUCCGAUGCCGAGAUAAGGCUUGAGAAAAGCAAUAUCUUACUCCUAGGGCCUACGGGGUCAGGGAAGACACUAUUAGCCCAAACAAUAGCGAGGUGCCUAGAUGUGCCAUUUGCCAUUUGUGACUGCACGACGUUGACACAGGCUGGUUACGUUGGGGAAGACAUCGAGUCAGUCAUUGCCAAGUUGCUUCAGGAUGCAAACUUCAAUGUGGACAGAGCGCAGCAAGGAAUAGUGUUCCUGGAUGAAGUCGACAAGAUUGGAGCUGUGCCAGGCAUCCAUCAGCUGAGAGACGUGGGUGGAGAAGGGGUGCAGCAAGGCAUGCUGAAGAUGCUUGAAGGUACCUUGGUCAGCGUGCCUGAACGCAGCUCUCGCAAGCUUCGGGGCGACGCCCUUACUGUUGAUACAACGAAUGUGCUUUUUGUGGCCUCCGGAGCUUUCAAUGGCCUUGACCGCAUUGUUGGACGCCGGCGCAAUGAAAAGUAUCUCGGUUUCUGUGCCCCGUCACUCGACUCUCCAGGGCGGCGGGCCGCCUCACAGGCAGGGUUGGCCAAUGCCUCGCCCCACUCCAGUGCCAGUGAUGACAACGCCGAACGUGAUGCUCUGCUUCACGGUGUGGAGGCCCGGGACCUCAUUGAGUUUGGCAUGAUACCUGAGUUUGUGGGGCGUUUCCCUGUGCUGGUGCCUUUCCACAGCCUGAGUGAGGACAUGCUGGUGCAGAUUCUGACGGAGCCGCGAAAUGCGCUGGUGCCCCAGUACCAGAUGCUCUUUGGCAUGGACAAGGUGGAACUGACCUUUGAGCCAGAGGCAUUAAGAGCGAUUGCUCAUCUGGCCAUGGAGCGCAAGACCGGUGCGAGAGGACUGCGGGCAAUCAUGGAGACCAUCCUUCUGGAACCUAUGUUCGAGAUCCCAGGUUCUGAUGUGACAAGUGUGCACAUUACACAUGACUGUGCCAUGGGAAAGUGUGCCCCACUGUACAUUCGUGGCCGGCCGGUUGAACGGGAAUUUUACGAUGACAGCCCCUCUGCUGACCAGGAACGGGCUGUCAGUUCCUAGGGAUGGUUGGUUACAAAAAUACUUGUCUUUGUGUUCACCCCAUGCGCAGGACUGUUUAUCCCAGACAAAACAGAAAUGAAAACAGAAAAUGCACCCAGAGAAAGGGGUGAUGUACGAAGACCCACCAGGUCGAAAAAAAAAAAACGGUGAAAGAGCCACAAGUACCCUCCUGCAUCUUGGAGCAAGAUUCCCAUUGUGGAAAGCUGUUGGGUUUGAAACCCAUUGUUUGUUAUCCUCCAAAAUUAUUUGCUGUGGUGCACCAAAAGCAUUUCCAUUUCAUCUUUCAUAGAUAGAUUGAUGGAAUGAAUUUCGAAAGUACUCCUUAGCUCUUGUGCACACUUGUGAACUGUAAAAAUUGCGAUUGUGCCGGUGAAUUGAACUGCAUGCUCAGAAUGCCAGAGCAGCAACAGGUCAAGUAGGCAACAUAGUACGAAUUGCAACCAAUUGAUCUCACUUUUUUGUCAGCAUCCUCAAGGGCAGCUUGAGACCAAAGUAUGGGUUCUUGAAAGACAAAUCACAUUUCGUGCUGCAAUUGCUGAAGUGUUGCAGAUAAGAGAUUUUGGCAACACUGAGCUUCAGGGUUUUAGACAGUGUGGAGUCUGGAUCCUAGUUCUCAGUGUACACAACCUUCGAGGGAUGCCAUGCUGCGAUCAUGUUGUGGAACACAGAAUAAAUUUUUAGUACAGUGCUGAACUUCUGCUUGAACUUAACAUCUGAAUGUUCCGAACGCAUCCGACAAGAGGCAUUUCUCUUGGAUGACCUUGAGUGAGAACAAGCCAAAUGUGGAAACAUCUUUUGGAGCACCUUUUAAAAUCUAUUGAAGUGAUUCAUUUUCAGAGUAAAAAUGCUCAUUGGUUUGUGGCUGAUGUAUUUCUUCAAUUCUGAAGCUCAAGUGGGUGCUCAUGAUUUACGUUCACCAACGAAUAUUAAGCCUUUCUGCAGCUCCGCUUACUGCUUUGAGUUGGGCAUGUUGGUAGGCCAUGUUUAAAAAAACAGCGCGAGAGAUAGGGAUAAACACGUGCGUCAUUAUUUGUCCCUGUCUCUUGCGCUGUUCUUAUAUUAAACUGCUUACUGCUGUGGUGCAAAACAUUCAAAUUGUGUCGAAAAGCAGCAUUUUAGUUUCAUGGGAGAACAUUGUCAAAAGAAAUAGAAAAACCUGUAUGAUACUGUGCUAUAGCGUGGCUGAGUCGCAGCACUUGUUAAAUGGUGUAAAUGGAAAUAAAAACUUGGUUUUGCAA